GGUUAAGCUUGAGCCUCACCAACCAUCUCAAGGUGCCUCCCAAACGCUUCGAUUUUAGUGGGAAAAAGAAAAAGCCUCAGGCAGGUUAGAGGUACUUCAAUUGGUUUUCAUGGAAGGGUUGGUGAGUUCUGGGAUCAACUCAGUUUGCGUUUUUUGUUGCAAAAAACACCAAUCUCUUUUCGUUCCUUCAUCGACGCUGCAUCUGAAGAAGAGGAACAACAUUGCCUCUGGGAUUGGUGUUGAGAUCGUGAAGCAUUCUUCGCCAAUGGUUGUUGUAGCUGCUGCUUCCUCUGUUGGUGGAGCUAAAGUGGGCCAUUUUGAGAACACUAUUCCUUCCAAAGAAACUCUUGAUCUUUGGAGAAAGUGUAGUGCUGUGUGCUUUGAUGUCGAUAGCACCGUCUGCUUGGAUGAAGGUAUUGACGAGCUUGCUGAGUUCUGUGGUGCUGGAAAGGCCGUUGCUGAAUGGACUGCUAGAGCUAUGGGGGGUUCUGUUCCUUUUGAGGAAGCCUUGGCUGCUAGACUGAAAUUGUUCAAUCCCUCUUUAUCUCAGGUUCAGAAUUUUCUUGAGCAAAGGCCCCCACGGCUUUCCCCUGGCAUUCAAGAAUUAGUCCAGAAGCUGAAGGCCAAUCACAUGGAUGUAUAUUUGAUAUCUGGAGGCUUUCGUCAAAUGAUCAAUCCUGUUGCAUCGAUUCUCGGGAUACCAAAAGAGAACAUUUUUGCCAAUCAACUACUUUUCGGAAGCUCUGGAGAGUUUCUGGGUUUUGAUGCAAAUGAACCUACUUCAAGAAGUGGCGGCAAAGCUACUGCAGUACAACAACUGAGGAAGGCUCAUGGAUACAAGGCAUUAGCUAUGAUUGGGGAUGGUGCAACUGAUCUUGAGGCUCGUAGACCAGGUGGCGCUGACUUGUUCAUUUGCUAUGCCGGUGUUCAACUUCGAGAAGCUGUUGCUACAAAAGCUGAUUGGCUGGUUUUCAAUUUUGAAGACCUCAUCAAUUCGCUAGAGUAACCUUUUUUUUUUUUCAGCUUUUCCUUUUUGGAUUCCAAUCUGAUAAGUGUUCCAAAUUUUAUAAAGGUUCUGGUACCCUUCUAUGAUAUUAGAGCAUUAUAGAAGUAUGAGUAAAUGAACAUGGUAACCUGUCUGUGGUACACCUAAAUAAGUACGGUGUACCACUAGAUCCAAUGGUGAAUAUGCAAGUCUAGAGAUGUGUUAACCAUUGGAUCUAACUAAUAAUCUGUUGUACACCAUACUUAUUUUGGUGCACUGUAGCCUUGGCCAAGAAAUAUUUUUAGAUCUGUAUUUAUGCCAAUUUCCCCCCUUGAUUUAAUUGUACAAAUGUUCUUAUCUUUAUAUAAUUUUUGUGCUUGAGAGCAUUCAGAAUUACCCUUUGGUAUGGUAAUGAUAAUACUAUCAUCAUACAUGAGUUAGUACACAAAUUAGCUCCUGGAAUUUUUCCCGAGCAUAAAGUUGGCCCUUGAAUUGAGACAAUUAAAAAUUUAAAGGGUCAAUUUAAGACUCUUGGCAAAUUUCAGGGCAAUUUGAGAGUUAACUCCAUCAUACAUAUAUAUUGUACGAAAUAGGUAUAUUUUAUGUCUGACAAAUGCAAAUUGUUUAUGAAAUUGUGUAUGAAAUUAGAGCUUUGAAUUGGAAUUGGGUCCAUUAAUUUCAUAUUUUUUUUAUGUUCGGGGUAACAUAGAAUUGGAAUUAUAAUUCCACAUACCAAUUCUAUGAAAUUGAAAUCUGAGAUUCAAUUCUUAGUUCAUAUGAUGAGUUAUGAAAAGUUGGGAUACUUUGAAAACAACGUAAGUUUACAACCUAUGAAGUACGGACACUUUCCUGUUUUGCUGUGUUCAUGUGUCGGACACAUUUCGAAUACGACACUCAUCGGUACUCGUCCGACACGCGGUUUCUCCUUGCAUCGCCGUUCUGGUUCUGCCUUCUUCUGCGUUCCUCUUCUGCGUCACUGGUUGUGUGGUUCUGUGUUCCUUCGGCGUCUAGUUCUAUCUUCUUCAACAUUUCUCUUCUGCGUCACCGGUUGUCUGGUACUCUGGUUCUGUCUUCUUCUGUGCUCCUCUUUUGCGUUCCUCUUCUGGUUAUGCCUUCUUCUGCGAUCCUCUUUACUCUUCAGUCUUUAGCAGUUCAGCCUUCGUCCUGCUGCCUCCUGGAGUCUUGGACUCUUGGUACAUUCAUGAUUCACAGAAAGUCUGAAAUACUGAAUCAUUGAUCUGCUUGCUUCAUUGCUUAUUUGCUUCAUUGUUUGAUAAUUGAUAUAGUUGGUUUGUUAGUUGUGAU